GUCACAUGUCAUGUGACGGUGAGUGGUUCCUCCUGCUACACGGUAAUGAUCAGUAAUCAGAAAGGACUGCUGUAUCAUGUCGGACUGUGCGCACUCAUUUAUUUCCUAGUUUAAAAUAUGGGUCGUGUGCGGGUUUGCGGAAUCGCUGCUACUGUUGUUUCUACUUUCAUACUGCUUCAGUGUGUUUCAUCAGCAGUGGAGUCGGAUGACAGCCCAUGGUACCAGGAUCUGUGCAGUUACAAAUGGGAGGCCAUUGACCAAGACAGCAAUGUGAGAUACACUUUGAAGCUCUGUGAUUCGUCUCCAGACACAGAAUGUGGAAAAGAAAGCGCGGUCUGUGCCCACAACCUUAAGAGUGCCCAGCACCAGUCAGUGGGUGAGCUCUCCUUGCGGAAGGUCUCGCCUGCUGUGCUUGAUUUCAACAGCUCGAGGAAAUGUGACGACAAGAGCCGCAACAUUCAGAGCAGCAUCACCUUUCAAUGCGGCAAAACUAUGGGCACACCUGAGUUUGUUACCAUCUCUGAGUGUGUGCAUUACUUUGAAUGGAGGACGUAUGCCGCCUGCAGACGUGAUAAAUUUAAACCACAUAUGGAGGUCCCUUGCUAUGUCUUUGACUCGGAUGGAAAGAAGCAUGACCUCAACCCGCUGAUAAAACUCUCAGACGGCUACCUGGUUGACGACCCAGAUGAUGAAAUUGACUUCUACAUUAAUAUAUGCAGAAGCCUAAACCGUGCUGGAAGCUCCUGUCCCGAGGGAUCUGCCGCCUGUCUCACCUCUGGCAAAGACUCCUACAACAUGGGUCAGCCUGUUCAUCAACUUGAGCUGCUCUCCAAUGACAAACUAAAGCUGCGAUAUGAGGGAGUCAAAGAAGAAGGCCCAGCCUUCUGUAAUGGCCACAGUCCUGCAGUGACGAUUACAUUUAUUUGUCCAUCUGCAAGGCAGGCGGGAAGUAACCCUAAGAUGAUCAGCAACUUGAACUGUCGGUAUGAGAUCGAGUGGGUGACUGAGUACGCCUGCCACAGAGAUUACCUGGAGAGUCACAGCUGCACACUGACCAGCGAACAGCACGACAUCUCCAUUGACCUUACUUACCUGACACACAACCCUACUGGCACUCCCUAUAUGGCUGACGCCAGAAAUGGUGAGGACACCUAUACCUUCUAUCUGAACGUGUGUGGGGAGACCAAAGCUGGACAAUGUGUUGAUGACAAAGGUUACAUAUCUGUCUGCCAAGUCAAAGACACGGGGAAUGUGAAGAAGAUUGCUGGGAGAUUCCAGAACCAAACUCUGAGAUAUUCCGAUGGUGAUCUUACGCUAAUCUACCCAGACGGCAGUAGAUGCAGCAGUGGAUUCCAGCGCAUGACCAUCAUUAACUUUGAGUGCAAUGCAACGGCUGAGUACGGCCAGCCGGAUUUUACGGGAGAGUCUGACUGCACGUAUUACUUUGACUGGCAAACAGCAUAUGCAUGUGUGAAGGAGAAGGAAGACCUGAUGUGUCGAGUCACAGACCACAAGAAGCGUUAUGAUCUGUCACCUCUUACGCGUUACCCAGAAUCAGAGGGAUCUCAAAACUGGGAGGCUGUGGGCACCAAGGCAGCAGAGUCUGAUAAGAAGCGCUUUUACAUGAAUGUUUGUCAUAAAAUCAUCCAAGACGGGGAUGCCAGAUCUUGCCCUGAGGAUGCAGCAAUAUGUGCAGUAGGAAACGGGAAAACUAUGAAUUUGGGCAAAUUCCUGAUUUCUCCGCAAAAAGCAGCAGAGGGUGAUGACAUAAGACUCAUUUACACUGAUGGAGACAAAUGCGGGCAGAACAUGAAAGUGAAAACCAUCAUCACUCUGAAGUGCAAGCCUGGAGAUGUUGAGAGCGCUCCAGUCCUGAGGAGCAUGUCCAGUGAUGGAUGCAUCUAUGAGUUUGAGUGGUUCACCGCUUCAGCCUGCGUCCUCUCGAAAACAGAAGGUGACGACUGCAAGGUGGAAGACCCACAAGCAGGAAUUUCAUUUGACCUUUCCCCGCUUCGGAAACCUAGUGGAGGUUAUUAUAACAUGUCCGUUGACAAGUAUGAUUACUUCAUCAAUGUGUGUGGCAAUGUGAAGGCCGCACAGUGUCCAGAAACAGCAGGGGCCUGUCAAGUUGACCAGAGUGGCACAAGCUCUUGGAAUCUCGGUGAGUUUAACUCCAAGCUUUCUUACUAUGAUGGCAUGAUCCAGCUGACCUACAGAAACGGCUCUCAGUACAACAACAAGCAGCGCACACAGCGUUCCACACACAUUUCCUUCCUCUGUGACAGAGAGGCUGGUCCAGGAAAACCAGAGUUUCAGAAAGAAGAUGAGUACACUUAUAACUUCAAAUGGUACACUUCCUACGCCUGUCCUGAGAGACCACAUGAGUGUGUUGUGACAGACCCCAAAACUCUGCAGCAAUACGACCUGUCCAGUUUGUCAGUAUCUAAUGGCGGUAGGAACUGGCAGGCCAUGCACACCUCUGACUCCAGCGACCUGAGGAAGUACUACAUCAAUAUAUGCCGGCCACUUAAAGCCGUGCCUGACUGUGACAGGAGAGCUUCUGUCUGUGAGGUGAAAUUCGAGGCUGACAAGGAAGGCCUGUCUGAGAAGGUAGAAGUCAGUAACUUAGGCAUUGCUACGAAGGGGCCAGUGAUUGUGGAAGAGAACAAGCUAAUGUUGGAGUACACUAACGGCUCAGUGUGUCAAGCAGAUGGAGUGAUGACCACUUACAGAACUCGUAUCCACUUUGCCUGCUCAUCUGGGACAGCACCAUCCGGUCCUCGCUUUUUGGUGAACCAGAAUUGCACCGUUGACUUUGUUUGGGACACAGAAGCAGCCUGUGCCAUCUCAACCGUUGAGGCCACCAACCAGACCUGCUCAGUGAAAGAUCCCAACACUGGCUUUGAGUUCAACCUGCAACCGCUGGCUUCUGAAAGCGGAUACCACGUCAAUUCUCAUGGGAAAGACUUUGUCGUGAACAUUUGUGAUUCAGUAAAAGUGUGCGGGACUGUCAGAGGUAAACCUGUGGCCGGCUGUGAGCUGGAAGAUAAGAAACCAGUGAGUCAAGUUGGUGUGGAACAGUCUCUCCAGUUCUCCACCGAUGGCAUUCUCACUCUCAUGUACAAAGGGAUCAUGGAAAAAUUGACAGGUACCGAAGACACAUUCGUCAUUAAUUUUGUGUGUGACCAAAAGGCCAACCCGGCCUUUCUGAGGCUUAUACAGGAAGAGCUGGGCACAAGUACACACGUAACCCACAAUGUGUUUUUUGAGCUUUCCACUGCACUAGCCUGUGAACCUGCUCCUGUGGAUUGCCAAGUCGCUGAUUUGCAAGGUAGAGAGUACGACUUGGGUGACCUCAGUCUGGAUGACAAGUAUUACGUUCCUCUGGACACCUCAGAUCAGGCCCGCAUUCAAAAGUUUUACAUCAACGUGUGUAAACCGCUGCCUCGCGUCCAGGGCUGCCCUGGUGGAGCGAUUGGAGCAUGUGCCCAGCUGGGUGGCAAAGGUGUGAAUCUGGGAUACGUGCAGUCCAGCCUGCAGGCAGCGGCAGAUGGCUCCAUCAGUAUUGUUUAUCUGAAUGGGGACAAGUGCAAUUCAGGACGUUACUCUACCCGAAUCGUCUUCCAGUGUGAUGACAGUCCUGGUGCACCCAUGUUUGAUCGCAUAGAUGGCUGUGAAUAUGUCUUCAUCUGGAGAACCUCAGAAGCUUGCCCAAUCAAAAGAGUUCAGGGUGAAAACUGUAAGGUCAAGGACCCCAAGAGCGGUUACGAGUACAAUCUUACACCACUGGCCGGAACGGACUAUGAAGUGAAGGAUUUGAGUUAUGAGUAUCACUUUGCAGUGUGUGGCCCAGUUACAUCCUCAGUCUGCCCUCACGGUCCCAGCAACUCUGUGUCCUCCUGUCAGGUCGAGGGCAGUGCACACAGAAUAGCAGGCUCAGCCAAUCAAAACCUCACAUUUGAUGAUGGGAUUAUUAUGAUCAACUACACACAUGGGGAAAAGUGCCACAAGAUCUAUGAGCGGUCCACGGCUAUUCUCUUCUCCUGCGACCACAGCAAGAAUCCUGGAAAGCCAGAGUUCAUAAAGGAGACUGCAGACUGCACAUACCUCUUUGAAUGGCACACAGCUUUGGCCUGCCCUUCCUUCAAAACCACAACCUGCUCCUACAAUGAUGGCAAUGGCCACUCCUACGAUCUAUCCUCACUGGCCCUGCACAAAUCUAAUUGGAUAGUCGUGCCAGAAGCGACCAAUCAGAAGCAGCGUUACUAUAUUAAUGUGUGCAAGUCUCUGGUGCCUCAGACCGGUUUGUGGAGCUGCCCGUCUAGCGCUGCGGCUUGUAUGAAGGAUGGAGAUGAAUAUGUGAAUCUGGGGGAGGCAGAGGCGGGUCCACAGUGGGAUAAAAACAUCCUGAUUCUGAAGUACACCAACGGACAAGCCUGUCCUGACGGCAAGAGAAACCGGACCACCAUUAUACGCUUCAGAUGCGACCCAGACAAAGUGGACUCUGAACCUACUCUGAUCACGGCACUGGAAGACUGUGUCUAUAGCUUUGUGUGGUUCACUGCUGCAGCCUGUCCUCUCAACAGCACUGAACAUGGGGACUGUAAAGUCACAAAUCCAGCCACAGGUCAUCUCUUCGACCUUAAUGCCCUCAGUCGGACAGGUGGCUAUACGGUCUAUGAUCCCAUGGCCAAUAAGAAGAUGUUCAGACUGAACGUGUGUGGAGAAAUAGCCAAUGCUGGUUGUGCUUCUGAAACAGCCGUGUGCAUCAAAGACAGUCAGAAGGUCGUAAGUGGUGGGAAAACCUCAAGGAAGCUGGUGUAUAGGGAUCAGGUGGUGGAGCUCACUUAUGAGGAUGGAGACACGUGUGCCGCCGACCUUUCCCUCAAACACAAGAGCAUCUUCAGCUUCGUCUGCAAGUCUGAGGGAGAAGGUACUGAUGAACCCGUGCUGGUGUACUCGGAUGACACCACUUGUACUCACUUUUUCUCCUGGCACACUCCUCUGGUCUGCGAACAACAGGUGAAGUGCUCCGUUUGGAACGGUACCAACCAGAUUGACCUCAGUCCUCUGAUCCAUCUCACCGGUUACUACACGGCUGUCAACGAGGAUGUAGACUGGGACAAGUCUCCUGAUUUCUACAUCAACAUAUGCCAGCCUCUCAACCCCAUCCCAGGGGUCAACUGUCCUCCAGGGGCUGCUGUGUGCAUGGAUCCUGUUGAUGGAGAUCCAGUUGACAUCGGACGAAUCACCUCCCCUCCUCGCUAUAACAGCAACACCAAAGAGGUGGAGAUCACCUUCAGCAGCACAACCGUCUGCCAUUCUAACCCCACCUCCAACUACUCCUCCAAGAUCAUCUUCACCUGCCAGAAAGGAGCAGAGCUGGGUUCUCCCCAGAUGAUUCGAGCUCAGGACUGUAUGUAUGUGUUCGAGUGGGCCACUCCUGUGGUUUGUCCGGAGACCAUCACAGCGCAGGGCUGCAAUCUGACCGUCUCCCAGCUGCGCUACACAUUUGACCUCUCAGUGCUGUCAGGGACCGUUCAGGUUCCUAGAAGCUCCGGCUUCUUUAAAAUCAACGUGUGUGGGACUGUGACAGGCACAGCAUGUAAAGACAGCGCGGUAUGUCUGAUCUCAACGGACUCUGUGGCUUCAUACGGAAACAGAAAAAUCAUGAACCUAGACUACAAGAGAGAAGAGCAGGCUGUGAUCAUGCAGUACAGUGGAGGAGACACCUGUCCUCAAGUUACAGAUAAAAAUGAAGUGUGCAUUUUCCCCUUUACGUUCCUGGGCAAGUUUUAUUCUGAGUGCACAACUCAGGGCAGGACUGACGGCAGGAAGUGGUGUGCCACUACAAGCAACUAUGACAAAGAUCAGAAAUGGGGCUUUUGCUCUGGUGCACCAAGAGGGAAACGGCAGUCAUCCAUUUUGUUCUCGUGUGACAGAGCGGCCGGCCAUGGAAGUCCUCAGCUGAUGAGCGAAACCCAAGGAUGUUCUGCCACCUUCCAGUGGCGAACGAAUGUGGUCUGCCCACCCAAAAAGAUGGAGUGCAAGCUUGCAGGACAACACCAGACCUACGACCUGCGCACACUCUCGUCUCUAACAGAGCCGUGGAAAUUUAGCAACAGGGACGAUUCGUACUACUUCAACCUCUGCCAGGCCAUUCAUGGAGGCCAGCCAGGCUGUGCCGCAGAAGCCGCCAUGUGUCGCAGACGUGCUGGCGGGAAGACCGAGACUCUGGGCCGUGUUCACACGCAGACCAUGGAGUUAAUCGAUGGAAAGAUCCUUGUCAAUUAUUCCAUGGGCGACGACGUGUGUGGAAACAACAAACCAGCCAGAACAAUCUUGCAGCUGAAGUGUGGCGGCACAGUGGGCCAUCCGAAAUUAUUCAAGGAGGAUAAAACAGCAUGUGAGUUCUGGGUGGAGUGGGAAACUCGAUCUGCAUGUGCUGUAAAGCAGGAGGAAGUGGAGAUGAUCAAUGGAACCAUCAAAGUGCCCGAGACAGGAGCCAUUUUCAGCCUGGGAACACUGUAUUACCGUUUCCACAACGCUACGGGAGACAUCCGUCCCAAUGGAGAUCGCUAUAUCUACCACAUCCAGCUGUCAGGCAUCACCGACAGCUCCAUUUCCAAUUGCCUGGGUGCCAAUAUCUGUCAGGUCAAGAUUAAUGACAGUUACCGCAGAAAAAUUGGCUCCUCCAGCAAAGCCAAGUAUUAUAUCAAAGGUGGAAAUCUUGAUGUCUUGGUACCAUCUGAAUCUGUAUGUGGACGAGACAAAACCAAAACUGUGUCCUCGACCAUCCUGUUCCACUGCAGCCCUACGGCAGGGGAGGGUAUCCCAGAAUUCCUCCUGGAGACAGAUGGCUGCCAGUAUCUGUUUGUUUGGCACACCACCACAGUUUGUGAAUUUUUUUCAUCCACCUCCAUGGACCCGCACAGCACUGAUGGAGGGGAGGAGCAUGCCGGAUUAUCUGGGCGGAGUCAGGCCGUAGGGACGGUGCUUAGCCUGCUCUUGGUUGUGCUCACAAUCUGUUUGCUUGUCCUUCUGCUGCACAAACGAGACAGGAGGCAACUUGUAAUACAGAAAGUGUCAAGCUGCUGCAGGAAAGGAAAUCCAGUAUCCUACAAAUACUCCAGGGUGAACACAGAUGAGGACGGAGGUGAAGAUGAGAUGGAAUGGUUAAUGGAAGAGACCGGGACGCCCACGCGGGAGCCUCAAGAGAACGGUCACAUCACCACCAAACCGGUCAGCGCUGACGCCCUGCGCUCCUUCUCCCUGGACGAGCAGGACAGCGAGGAUGAGGUGCUCACAGUCCCAGGAGUCCGAAUUGCCCCUUCAUCAUCCACUUCCUCAAGGCUGCAAUCAGCUUUACUGAAAGCAGAGAGCGAUGAGGAUCUGGUGGGGCUCCUUGUGGACACACGGAGCAGAAAUAAGACCCGAUACAGCAACAGAAACCAGAGGAAACCUCAGCCAGACCCUGAUGACAGCGACGAGGAUCUACUGAAAGUCUGAGAGCGCCAGGCGGCCCAAACUGAACUUUUGAAUGUCUCUGCCACCACGCUCCAAUUGUUUAGUUGUUCCAUUUUGGGUUUUCUAAAGGGAAAUCUCUCUGUGAGCUGUUUACGAGACAGCUUUCAAGAGCAAGUUGGUCGAUUCGUCCACUAAAUAGACUCAAUGCCUUUCUGACAAAAUACGUUUUUUGUCAUUUGAUCGUUUAUUUGUUGUGUGUUCGGUUUUCCAUUGAUUUAAGAUGAAUUGUGUACAGCAUCGUAUGUGAAUUUGGUCUCCCACAAACUUACAGAAAUGGACUAUAUCAAUUUUUUAUUGUUAUUUAAAGAUUUUUGGGUACUUUUUUUUGUUAAUUCACCAGCUUACUGGAAAAAUACACUGUUCUGUGAAAUAAUUCUGGAUGAUUGUGGCAGAUAUAGUCAAAGAUCUUUUCUAAAGUACAGUCUGAAGCAGUAUUUCACAUAUCUUGAGCCAUGUAGCACUGAGAGGAGCUUGAUCCGCUUUGCCAAGUUCAUAUUUAAAUCACAACCCUCUGAAUAUCAUGCUUCACAUUUGCGUUCUGCAUUGACGUUUACCUUUAGCAGUGUUCAUCUAAACCAUAACAUCCAUCCGUUGGGUGUUUUGUGCAAUGCCUUUUCCCCCUUGUUCUGAUAAAAAGCAUGUUUUAAUUACACAGAGUGUAUACAGAGAUUUAGUGCCAAGAAGGAAUGACAUUGCAUGUACGACUGUUGCAGGCUUCCUUUAGAAUCAUAAUUUCUCAUUGCAAUCAGAAGAAAUAUUAUUGCAUCUUUGUGGUGUUUAUUUGCAUUAUUGUUUAGUAACACUUUACAAUAAAAUUCAAUUCAUUAAUGGGACAUGAUGGUUAAAAAAAAAAAAAAAAAAAUAAGAUAGUAGGAAAAUUGUAUUUCAGUUCUUUUGUGUUUAAUUGUAAAACUUUUGCGGUUCUCUGAGAAACUUUGUUCGCUAAACUAUUGCGUUUCCAGUAAAACUUUUGCGUUCCCCUGGUUAACUCUUAUGUUUGCUCACAAAACUGUUGCGAUUGAUCAGAAAUUUUCUGUUCUCCUGAGAAACUUUGUUUUCUCACAAAACGUUUUUGUUUCCUAUAUAAACUUUGUUUGUUUGUUUGCAAAAUUAUAGCAUUUGCUCACAAAACAUUUGUGUUCUUCAGAGAAACUUCACUUGUGAAACUUCUGCGUUUAAAACUGCAAUUCGCUCCCAAAACUUUUGUUUUUGGAAAUAAAAUGAGUUGGGAGGAAAAAUUCUAUUUCAGUUCUUUUGUGAGUGAGCACAAAGUUUCUCGGGGGGACAUUAUAAUUUUGUGCGCAGUUUUUUUUGGAUGCAAAAAAUGCAAAAGCACUGAAAUUUUUCCUCGAAUCACCAUUUCACCUUGGCUCCAUAUAUGAAAUGACAGUAAACUUUCUUUUUUUUUUUUUUUUGCAAAAUUUAUUAAUCUGAUCAUUUUAUUAAUAUUCUAUUGCUUAUUUUAUGUUUAUGCACAAUACAUUAUUUAUACAUCUUGAAAUGUUGCAAAUGUAUUAAAAUAUGUGGAAAUAACAUUAACCUAGAUUAAUAAAUUCUGUAAAAGUAUUGUUCAUGGUUAGUUGGUGACAUCUAAAGCACUAAUUAACAUAAACAAAUUGAACUUUACUGUAAAGUGUUACCCACUGUUUAAUCAUUUUUCUGUCUUUCUUUAUUUUUUUAUUUGUUUUGCACAGAAGACACUGGUGCCUAUGAAAAAGCCACAAGUACAGCAGACAACAGAAAGCCUUUUACAAAGCACUUUUCCCGUUAGCACGAAAAGUUUUGUUGCCAGUCCCAUUAACACCUGCAAAAAUUAUGCGUUUUAUUUGCUGAAUCGGUUUCAGCUCCCGUUGUUCUGCUGACUUUACGAAAAAGGCAUAUAUUUGCAUAAGUUGUGUUGCAGGUUAGCUGUCAUCUCUACAGAAAUGAUUUACCAAAACGUUCUUCUCACAUGGCAGUGAAGGUACAACAGGACACUGGUCCAGUUUGGCAGCAUGUGUACAGUGUUUUUCACUCCAGCUCAAUGCUCUUUGCUCUAAUAGUUUGUCUCAUAGGCUUGUAUUACCAUUCAUCCGUGUAUUCCUCACAUAUAUGAUUGCCAAAUAAAAUCACACCAGUUAUGUAUAUCUGUCAUAACUCACUGCUUCUGAAACAGUACAUCAAGAUGCAUUAAAGCAUGCCUGGUUAUCUCUUUUAGUACUUUGCACUUUGGUGGACAGUGUUUAUUUAUUUAUUUUUUUUCUGUCCUUUUGGGCAGAAGGUGGACGGUGCACUCAGUAGCUGUUGGUCAUCAUGUGCUCCACUCUUCUUACAAAAACAUGUCUGCUCCUGCUGUAUGGGAUAUUGUAUGGUACAAAUCUCUGAAAUACUUCAAGGUCCUGAGAUAGUUUUAUUUUAUUUAUUUUUUUGUCCUGAUAGAGGCUUUAACUCUUCUCAGACUGUAUUUGUCAUGUUUUACAGCAUCAUGUUUUGGGAUUUAAAUAUAUACUGAGAUAUUAUGGCAUUAUUUCAAUAAAACCAUCAACUCCUCGG